AGCAUCCAGAUCUUCACUUUCUGUCUCUCUAAUCAUGGGGCUGGUUAGUGGUGUCUCACUGAUUCUCCUGCUGUCCCUGCUGCUCUGUUGUUGGCACAAAAAACCAAAGGGUACACUUUGUAUCAGACCAGCCCAGUCUCAGGAAACCAGUCAGACUGCUGCUACAGUUCAAACUAUGAGCCAGGAUGAAAAUCAGCAGCAAAUAUAUUCCUCUCUUCUUCACGGUGACAUGAACGUCUAUGAGUCAUGUAGAUCUUCUGAAAACACUGGUGGACGGACAGAUGACUACAGAAAUAUCUCUCUUCAGCUGAGAAGUGCUGGACAGAGGAGAAAGCGUGAUGAUCCAGAGGAAUCCUCUGACUACCAUAAUGUAGAUCCAAACUCAGCUACAGAUCCCUAAAGAGAGGCACGACAUCAACAAAACGAGAGAAGAUGGACCACAACAUGAAAAAGAAAAACAUUCAUUCUUAAACUUUUGUUCAUUAACAUUUUUACAGCUGCUGGAUAUUAAAGUCGAGUCACACCGUGAUCCUGUGGACAAGAGUUGUUAAAGCUAAGUUAGGAAGAGAGGUGACAGUCAGUGAUAUGGCAGCAUAUGGCUUCAUGCUGAGAAAGAAGUAUAAGGAAGGUCAGAGGGAGCUUCACUGUGUCUUUGUGGAUCUACAGGGCGGG